AUGUCCAUACCCGAACACCAGGUUCCCGUGAGCAUUGCCAAGGGCUUCGUUGAGGCGCUCGGAGGAAACUCCAAGGACAGUCUGACCGUCAAACCUCCCUCCGCCGUCACCGUCGUGGGCAGCUAUGCUGCAAAGGCCGUCGCCCGACCUGAAACAACGGUUGAUAUUGCCGUACAACUACCCGCGGAUUUAUUGGCGCCCAAGGCCCAUCUAAACCAUCGCUACCACGUCAUCCGCGCCGUUUACCUCAUGGCCGUGGUGCGCCACCUUCGCGAUUCGGUUUUGUCGGCAUCUCCACGGUUGCUGGACGGUUUGCUGUUGCUCAAGGUCUGGGCCCGGCAACACGGUCCCAUGUCCACCGGUAGCACUGCCCUAGGGGAUCCAGCUGCUCCGAAACCAACAGCGACAGCAGCAGCAUGCUCUUCUCCGGCCACAGGGGGUUUCGGAGCAGCUGCUGGUGGUUGUUUGGACGGCUGCAUAUUGGCGAUGCUGAUUCUCCUUUUGGCGGAACGAAACAAGCUGGUGGUUCAGAUUGAGCAGAUUGUACGACAAGCCUUAACGGACCGAGCCAAGGUCGUACGUGUUCUUCGAUGGCCCUUCGAUUCCGCUUCAUCUCCGGAUGUCCUCCUGGCCCGCGGCCUGGUAGUAUCUCCGACGGAAGCGGAUCCUCGUGGCGCUGAGGAAGACGGCGACGACGAGGACGACCACGACCAGGAAGACGGCGGUGGGACUCGAGGCGCCAGAUCAUUAUCCACAUGUGCGGCGGCUCCGUCGUCCGUGUGGUUGGGAGCGAUCAUGGAUCCGCUGGCGGCGUGCCGGCUUGUGGAUGUGGGGCCAGCGGCGGAUGACGGCCCGGCGGCGGGCCGCUUUCGAAAAUUCUGGGGCGAGAAGGCUGAGCUUCGACGGUGGCAGGAUGGCAAGAUCACGGAGACUGCGGUUUGGGAGGUGGCUCCCCACAUGCGCCACGUCAUCCCCGACCUCAUCCUGCAGCACGUGGUGGGCCGUCACCUGCCCGCCGGCUCGGAGGUGGUUGGGGCCGCGGGCUCCCUGGACUGGGCCCUGUGCUGCCGGGCCUCACCUUCGGGUGCGGAUCUGGCGGCCACUCGGGCUGCAGAGGCGGCUACGGACAAAGUGGCCAAACAGCUCCGAGCGUUGGAUAACUUGGCGCUCAAGGUGGUGGGUAUGCAGCCGCUGUCGGGGGUUGCCCACGGGACGGCGCCCUUACCGCCGCCGCCGCACCCUCUGGGGCUUCGGCGUCCACAGCGGGCGUCAUUCCCCGCUGCCUAG